GAGCGCCGGCGGGAAGAGAGCGCCCCGCAGCCGGGAGCCCGGGCGCGGGCGAUGCUGGCGCCGCCGGCGGCACCUGCGGCUCCUCUUGGCGGCGGCGGUGGCCUCGGCGACGGGAGCGCGGGCCCCAGCAGCCUCGGCAGCCACAGCCGCUGCGGCCCGGGCAGCCUCCGCCGCGCUCGCCGCCUCUGAUGCGCCCGCCCUCCUCCGGCUCCCCGGCUCCGCGGCUCCGGGAGGAUGUGGGUCCUCGGCAUCGCAGCAACUUUUUGCGGAUUGUUCUUGCUCCAAGGCUCUGCGCUGCAAAUCCAGUGUUACCAGUGUGAAGAAUUCCAGCUGAACAACGACUGCUCCUCCCCCGAGUUCAUCGUGAAUUGCACGGUCAACGUUCAAGACAUGUGCCAGAAAGAAGUGAUGGAGCAGAGCGCGGGGAUCAUGUACCGCAAGUCGUGUGCAUCAUCAGCAGCCUGCCUCAUCGCCUCCGCCGGGUACCAAUCCUUCUGCUCCCCUGGGAAACUGAACUCAGUGUGCAUCAGCUGCUGCAACACCCCUCUUUGCAACGGGCCCCGGCCCAAGAAACGGAGCAGUUCGGCCUUGGCUCUUCGGCCGGGGCUCCCCACCACCAUCCUGCUCCUCCAGUUAGCCCUCCUCUGGGCUCACUGCUGAAGGUGAAGGAGACCCUCGCGCCUCCUGCAUCGUGCUUGGGGCCCUCGCUCCCCCCCGCUUCUCCUGGGUGUCCUUUGAUUCUGGGGUGGGAGGGGAGUAGAAUCACCCUCUUCAGUUCCUUUGCCAGUGAAAGAGCUCCGUGUGAAACAUUUUUGUAAGCCCUGAAUAAAUUCGGUCUGAAUUUUCAGUGUGUACUUAAAGGAAGGGGUGAGCAAGAGCCUGGACCCCCAACUCUGCCCCCAGAGUCCAGGUCAUCAGCCCUUAGAAGGCACUGAGAGGGGCAUCCAGUUGCUUCCAAGACCCCUGCCUUCCACUCCUGCCCCUCCCAGGCACAGUGUGUUGUCACCCCCGUGGCAGGCUAACGUCGCUGGGGUGGGGGUGGGGGGUGCCACGUAGGCCUCCAGGC